AUUGUGAUUUUAAGAUGUAGUUGUGUAAUGCGCAGUGGUACAAACUUGAUGUUUUAUAAGGUUAUUGGUGUGUACAAAAACUGAAUAAUUCUGACUUCUUGUGAGAAAUUGAUCAUGGGAUACGAAUUGUUUUACAUAAUCUUAGGACUUGUAACAGUGUAUAUAUAUUUUAGAAAGAAGGCAUUGAAAGGUAAAGUUAUAGCAGGACCGAAGGGGUUGCCUGUUCUGGGAUGCAUCCAUAAAAUCAAUGGUGGGAAUAUUCGUUACAAGUUUAUGGACUAUGCAGAGCAGUAUGGAGAAAUAUUUCAAGUGAAAAUGCUCUUUGACAGCUUUGUAGUUUUAAAUAGCGAAAGCAUCAUUCGUAAAUCAUUCGGUGGCGAAAAGUACAAACAUUUUUUCAACGAUCGGGCAUCAUAUUUUUUUGGCAAGCAUUUUCCUUUUUUUGACAACCGAGCCUUAACCUUCCUAGAAGAUGGUUCUGGUCAUUUUCAUAAGACUGCAAAAAGAUUUGUAGUGCAAGCGUUACAUGCUUACGGGAGUGGUCUUCAAGACUUGGAAAAUAAUGUAAUGUCGGAAAUGGUGAAUCUACUGCAAAGAAUCGAGAAUAAACCGGGACAAAAAUUUGAAUGUGUGAGAAUAUUUCUGCAGUCUCUGACGAAUAUUAUUUCACUUAUGCUGAUAGGGGAAACAGUAUUAGAUGACGAAACUGAAAUUACCAUGUUUUUGGAGAAAAUGAAAGUUGAAGACUUCUUCGUAAAUCCUUACGUCAACUUUAUUAUGUCAUCCUUCCCUUUUCUGCGGUAUUUACCAGGGAAAUACAGAAACGAGUAUCGAAAAGGAAAGUCCAUUUUUGCCAAACUUAUUGAGAGAUUUUUCUAUGACAAAAAGAAAACACACAUCAGUGGUCAAGUUCGUGGCAUUGUUGAUCUGUACCUCGAGGAACAGAAAAGACAAAUGGAAUCUAAUGGUGAUGUUUUCUUUACUGACGAGACCAUUAUAGCUGAAGUUCUUGAUAUCUUUGGUGCAGGUGUCACUACUACCUUGGCUCUCCUUACAAAUACCAUGUUGAUCUUACUAAACUACCCACAAUAUCAAGUAAAAUUGCAAGAGGAGUUUGACAGAAAGAUUGGUCAAGGGAUAAAACCAACAUAUAAAGACCGAGCAAACUGUAAUUUCUUCAAGGCAUUCGAAAUGGAGGUCCAUCGUUAUAUAAAUGUAGCACCGCUUUUGCUACCGCACAAGUGUAAAGAACAUUUAGAAUUUGAGGGUUAUGAUGUUGAGGCAAACAGUACGAUAAUUGGAAACGCAUGGUUUCUUCACCACAAUAAGGAGAUAUGGGGAGAUCCUUGGUCAUUCCGACCAGAGAGAUUUUUGGACGAGCGCGGAGACCUGUUACCUUCGGAGCACACACUGCGGAAAAAUCUGAUGUCCUUUGGAUACGGUCCACGUCAAUGCCCAGGAGAGACGUUUGCCAAAACUCGCUACUUUCUUAUCAUAAGUAGCCUAUUACAACGUUGGAAUUUCGCAUUUCCGGCCGGCAAACAUGUCCCUUGUGAUCCAAGGCUGCACGAAAACUUUGCUAUCAGUAACCUGAUAAGAGCAAAACAGUUUGAUUGCUGUGCAAAAAGGCGAAUAUAGAUUGUUUUUACUUUAUCUAAGGAAAUGUUAAAACAUCAUUAUUCUGAACUAGAAUUUCAAGUGACGGACGUAAAAUAUAAACUCGUACAUGGUCUCCGUGCUGCUAUAUUUUUGUUAGGAUCGUUUAUCAUUGUGCAUGGAUCAAGGCACUUUUCAGACCUCAAUCAGUUGCACGUCUUUGCACGACAUUUUUUCGACGGUUCUUUUAGAUGUGACUCUGAAAUUGAGGACCCGUGUCGGCAUUUGGGCAUAUUCUAACGUGCAUUAUACCCCAAAACUAUACAAUGACUAACCUUCUGUUGGAGGAGUGACCUUUAAAGGUAACCUGUGAUAACUUGAAUACACUAAGUGGCUAAGAAGACUAAAUAUAUAUAGACCAUGCGGUAAUUCUAUAUUCAUUGAAAGUUGUAAAUAAAAAAAUUGGGAUUAAAAAGACUUAAACAAAUGAUAAAAAUACCAUAAUAUGUCAGCACUGGUAAAGCCGAGACUGUUUCAGAGUACGAAAUCAUUACGAUAUUACACGAUGGGUGUAUUAUAAAAAUAUAUCAGAAAGAAACAAAGAUAUGCUAAAGAGAGUUAGUAUACAGAAUAAAAACAAAAUAGAUACAGCAUAUAAACUGUUAGUGUGUUAAAAUAGAAAAUCAAAGGAAGAUACAGGGAAGCAACCCAAAAGACUUUUGGGAAACAAUAUACAUUGUAAAUAAAAUAUUUUGAGAAUAACAAGUAAAACUAAAAGAUUUGCAAGAAUAGUUUCGGAACAAAAUUGCAGUAAACAAAUAGCUUAUGAUAAAUGUAAAUUUAUAUAAUUUAGAACAAGUAACAAAAAACGAGUUAAAUGAAGAGGUAAAUAAUGCAAUCCUUUUUUACAGUUAAUAUUACAUGUAUUUUGAUUAAGUAUGAUGACAUUAUUACUAAUACAACCUUACAUUGCUAUUAUUGUGCACAUUGAUGUUAAUAUGUCCAAUAUAUAAUCAGCUUAAUCAAGACUGACACAUUGUAUCUAGAUAUGGAAUUAAUCAAGACUGACACAUUGUAUCUAGAUAAGGAAUUAAUCAAUACUGACACAUUGUAUCUAGAUAUGGAAUUAAUCAAGACUGUCACAUUCUAUCUACAUAAGGAACUAAUCAAGACUGAUACACUGGAAUUAAUCAAGACUGACACAUUAUAUCUAGAUAUGGAAUUAAUCAAGAUUGACACAUUGUAUCUAGAUAUGGAAUUAAUCAAUACUGACUUAGUGUAUCUAGAUACGGAAUUACAGCUAGACCAAAUAUGCUUAAAUUACAUUACAGUAACUUGUAUUUAUUUAUAUGAAGGUGAUAAAUAUAUAACUAUGUAGGACGUAGCUAUAUUAUGUAUAUCAUUUUUGUAAGACACAUAACUAAUUACGUAAAAAAUCAAUCGACAUGCCAGUUAAAAUUAUCUUUUAUUUCAUGUCGCAAGAGUGAACUAUACUUACAGCUAUUCUUCAAAGAAUUUCCAUACGAUAUGCUAUUUGAACUAUGAAAGCCUUGUACUAUAUAGAAUUAGAAACCAAUAAAUACAAUUAUCUAAAACAUGCACAGGUAAAUUAAAUAUCUCCUCCCCCACUAUCUAAAUAAAUUGUGAAUAAUAAAGUAAUCCACUUGUAUACAAUAUACACGACCUAACAGGUAUCACAACAACAUAAUAUCAAUCAAGUUAUCCUUUAAUUACUCAAAUAAUUGGAAUGAACACAGUUUAUAGCCCUACUGUAUUAUGUAUACUGACUGAGGAAUGUUCAAAUACAUGCUUCCAUAUCAUACCAUGCUGAAGUACAAGCACCCGUAUCAGUUAUAAUAUAAGAAUAAUUGACAAAACGUUAUGAAAAUACUCACGCUCUGUUGUAAAUCAGUUCCAAAUUAAAGGACUCCAUGCAAAACCCAAUCCAUGUGUUAAAUCAGAACAUGAAUGGUUAUAUCAUGUAUAUGGUGCACAUACAAACAAUUUAAAUCCAUAUUUCAGGAAUAAACAUUCCAUGAAUAGACAUUUUCUAAUAGUUGGACCAUAUCCUCCUCGAAAACGUUAAUGUUCUCUAGUUAACGUGUAGCAUCCCGUUAUGCCUAACUAGUCAGUCACCCUCAGGUUUUAAACCAUUACAUGUCAGGACCGAUUACACGCUUCAUCAUAUCAACAUCUUGGAACUUGACCUAUUUCUAACUUCUCGAUUGAAACAAUGUACGACUAGUUAGUUAUUUAGGCCAAAAGUGACCACAUCGAAAAUGUUACUACAUUAUAUUUAGUAAAUUCUUUAUUUGUAACAUUAUUUCAACAACUAUACUCCUGUUGUUGCCCUCAUUUAAGUGAUUGAUUAUAAAAACUGUAUUAGUUAUAUAUUAAUGCAUUUUCUCAUGUAUUUGUAAAUAGUUACACAAACCGAGAGUAUAUGAAAUAAACCUUUAAUUGAAACUUUAAA